UCUCAUAAUUUCUUUCUAUGGUCUUGCACGUGUGUGUUUUGAGGUUACAGAUUACAUUUCAAUAACGCCGACAAUAGUUUAUUAGUCUGAAAUUUUUCGAAAUUAACGAAAAUGGCUGAGGCAAUGCGGCAAACUGUGGCUGGAAUGCUCAAAGGCAUCGAAAGGUACAAUCCAGAUAAUCUCACAACCUUAGAGAAAUAUGUGGAAAUACAAUCGAGGGAGAAUGCUUAUGACUUGGAGGCAAACUUAGCUGUUCUGAAGCUUUACCAAUUAAAUCCGCACCGAUUCAAUAUGGAUAUUACAUGUCAGAUACUAUUGAAGGCUUUAACCAAUCUUCCGCACACUGACUUUGUGCUGUGCAAAUGUUUACUCAGCGAGAAACUAAUGUCAGAAAGUCCCAUUAGUCAAAUCAUGUAUCUGGGAGACAUCUUGGAGCGAUGUGAUUUUCAAAAUUUUUGGGAUAAAGUAUUAUCCAUGUCGGAACUUUGCGAUAGAAUUGUAGGAUUCCAGGAUUCGAUAAGAAAGUUUGUGUGUCAUGUAGUCGGUAUCACGUUUCAAACAAUAGAAAAAGGAUUGCUGGCACAAUUGCUUGGCGGUGUAGAUGAUGCAACAUUGAAGCAUUGGGUAAAAAAGUAUGGCUGGAAGGAAGAGAGCAAAUCAAUCAUUUUCAUUGCAAAUCAAGAUGAAAAUAUCAAGACCAAAAAUAUUACUGAAAAAAUUGAUUUCGAAAAUGUGGCAGGUUUGAUGGCUGCUUGUUUAUAAAGGCAGAAACUAUUUUCUAAUAAAUUAUUCAUUGAAAGAGUCUUAAUCAUUGAAAAAGUUUUUUAUUGUCGCUGGAUCAAUUAAUUUCUAGUGUUCUUGUUUUCACUGAGAAAUGCACAUAUAUAGAUAUAUAUGAAUAUUAAUACAAUUUUAUGUAAUACAAGUAUGUGUGUGUAUUAGAUGUAUAUACGUAAUAUAUACAUGUAAUAUAUACAUGUAAUACAUAUAUAUGUAUUGAUGAUUUAUAAAAAUUACUUUUGUUUUUAC